UUCUACAGUAGUUCGCGUUGGCGCGCAGCACGAAACGGACCUCAGUGGCCAAAAGCGCUCGCAUACGCGUUUAUUACGAGACGAAAUAAAAAUUUGAUUUUUGAAAGAAUUCGACUUGAAGUUUAGUUAGUGUGGAUACAUCGACAUUAUUAUUUUAAACCUAUUAUUAUAUUGUGAAGAUUAUUUAUUUUAUUAUUUGUGCAACGUUUUCUUACCCAUUGUUGGAUUAUUAUUUAUUUUCGCAUAAAUCAAAGGAUAAUAUCAUUUAUUUUAAUGCAGUUUAUAAAAUAAGAUGAAUCUGAUAUCGCGCUGCUCGACGAAACUCGCCAGGAUGACGUAAUACACACGCAUCCAUAAGUAUCCACUAGUCCUGUAGUUUAUAGUUCAACGUUGUUUGAUCGAAUCACAUUUACAUUUAAUUUAAAUUAAGUUUUUCAACGAGUACGAAGAUGAAGUACGUUAACACGAAUCUUAUAACGCUGAAAUGCGUGAUAUUCCUUUUCUUUGGUGGGCUGGGAUGUCUGUUUCCCUUUCUGCCGAUGCACAUGACUGCCAAAGGGCUUACCUUGGACGAAUCAAAAACCAUUUCGAUUGUGGCGCCAUGUAUAGCACUUUUGGGACCUGCAAUUGCAGGACCUUUAGCGGAUAAACUCGCGGGUGGUUCUGGAGGUGGUAAUCAACGUAGUAAAACUGGAAGAUAUCUGCGUGUAAUGAUUGCUGUGUGUCUCAUCAUGAGCGCCAUUUUGUAUUGGAUGUUAACAUUAGUUCCAGUUAUUGUUCGUAGUCCUCCGAAUGUGAUAUUUACUUGUGACCAAAAUGGCGGCGUAGUUUUACAAGAGCGUUGUGGAACCGAACAGACUUGUCACGCAUGGAAUCCGGAAAAAAGAGGAUCGCUAUAUGUUUCCAACUGCCGUUUCACGUGUUCCACCGACUUAGAAUUCGAUUCAGACUCGCCGACGACUAUAUUCCCAGAUCAAGACAUCAACGGUAGCCCGGAAGAAGGCCUCGAUGAUAACGACUACAACGAGAACGACCUCAUUGCUACUGACGAAGAAGAAAUCGUCAAACCACAAGUAGAUGAAGUUCUGCCACACCCACAUCUCUGUUACACCGACACUGAGGGUGCCGUAGUCUGCGAAGUAUUCACCAAAUACUCCAAACCCAUCGAUUUACGCGUGAACCUCAAUCCGUCCACAACUCCAGUUUCCGAAAACGAAGACGAACCGCCAGCGAUAUGCACGUAUCCAAUCGGUUCCAACUUCCACUGCCGUAUCGGAGAAGAAAUCCAUGCGAAUCUCAGCAAAUCGGCAAAUCAAUGCCGACCUAUUGUCAAAUGCAACGUUCACGAGCCAUAUCGCUCCGAGAACAUGCUCAAAGUCACCGAAUGUGGAUACAACAAUAUCAGUUUUUGGCUGUAUUUGUUUAUUCGUUCACUGGCAGAUAUAUUCCCAGCCGCCGCGGUGGCCCUGAUUGGAGCUGCUGUUAUCAUUGCGACGAGAGAAACCAGCACGGGGCGUGGAGAUGUGGGUAAACAAUUUGCAUGUGGCGCAUUGGGUCUCGCCAUUUUUGCGCCGCUUAUAGGCGGUAUUGAUAUACCCCUAGUGUCGUUGAUAUUAUUCUCAGCUACGAUGAUUAUCGCCGCGUUGAUUGUUUUAUUAGACUGGAAGAUGCCACUUAGCCCGCCAGAAUGGUGGUGGCACACACGAUGCGGCCUUCUGGCACUGCCCAUGUCUUCAAUUAGGAAGUACAGCUUAGAAACGGCUGGUUUAGCAGUGGUUUUAACACUCCUGGGAGUGUUUUGGAGUGCUAUCGAUUCAUACUUCCCGUGGAGGAUUGGAGAUUUAGCUGGUUCACCAUUACUGAUCGGUUUAGCUAUCACUGCUGGGGCAUUACCAGCUGUACCAUUCUUGUUCUACGCAGAAAAGAUCGUAGAUUACUGCGGACACACAAAUAUUUUGAUAUCUUGCUUCACCUUCUACAUAUUACACUACACAGGAUUGACUUUCAUUCAAGAUCCAGGUUUAUUGCUGUUUUGUGAAGCUUUGGAGAUCUUUACCCUGCACAUGAUGUGGAUCACUGCCGUUUUGUACUUGAGGCACUUAGUACCACGUAGAUUCACAGUGUGUGGACAAGCCAUGCCUGUCAUUGCCCAUUUCUGCAUUGGGCGUUUCCUAGGUGCCCUUAUCGGAGGCCUCGCAUAUUCAGGCAAACCAGACCAGUUCGAAAACGUACACAAAUGGUUCGCAAUCGUGGCUGCAAUUGUCGCAACCUUAUAUUUCCUGAUAUACCAUCUAUUUUUGAAACCCACCUACGCGGCACCUCUAAGCCUACCCCCGAGACCAGCCCCGUCUACUGUAAAUGGUACAGGGGCGAGUUCAGCCAACAAUGGCAACUACACCCCACUCCGAGUCUAUCACAACGGACGAGCGAAAAAGGGACACUUUAGAUAUUAAUAUUUCACAAUCACAAAUGAUAUAAAACUGGCAGCACCGAUAUUAAACAUUCAAACACACAGAAAUCAAUACCAAACGGCUGCAUAUUUUUGAUAUGAAUGUUGAACAAUAACAGUGCUUUAAAUGUUUUAUAAACUUUAUGAGAAAUAACAUCCAAAUUAAUACCGAAUAUUUACCGUUCGACUUUUCGCAUCACACAAAUAUCUAAAUGUCCUUACAUACAAAUAGCUGCGUAGUUCUAUUGAUAUAUAAUAUAUAUAAACAAUGUGUGUUCAUAUUUACUAUAAAUUUACAUAAGUAGAGUGUACAUGCUAAUGUUAAAGAGUAACUUUAUGGAACAUUUUUUACCAUCGUAUUUAUUUGUAUUUUUUUUUGAAGAAAAUGAAAAACAUUUGCCAACUGCAGAAUGAGAACUCAUCGACAAGUAAACUUGAAAGCGUCAAAGAAACGUUGUACAGUUUUGAAUUGCUAUAGAUUCGGAUUCGUUCUUCGUUUUCGACUUAUAUUUACAAAUGUCACGCAGCAGACGUUGUAAUCGCAGCUUUAAUUAUUCUAUUGUUUUUUUAUAAGUUUGCAUAGAAUUUAUACACAAAUAUCAAGAAAUGUAAUUUGUGAAUUUUAUCUUUUAAUGCGAUUUCAUGACAAGUAAACUUAAAACAAGGAGCGUAUCAAACCGGCGUUCAUAUUUUACAUAUAAAUCUCUGUUGAUGUUAUUUUUAAAUGUUUAAAUAAAAAAUAAAAUAUAAACAGGCAAUGCCCAAAACCCAA